AUGCGGGCCCCCCCGUGCGACCUCCCGGCGCUGCCCGCGGGCCUGACCUACGCGCAGGUCGCCGCUGGAGACAGCCACACGGUGCUGCUCAGGAGCGACGGCACCGCCGUGGCCUGCGGCUUGAAUCUUCAUGUUGAGUUCGACCUCCCGGCGCUGCCCGCGGGCCUGACCUACGCGCAGGUCGCCGCUGGAGAGAGCCACACGGUGCUGCUCAGGAGCGACGGCACCGCCGUGGCCUGCGGCUGUAAUGGUCAUGGUCGGUGCGACCUCCCGGCGCUGCCCGCGGGCCUGACCUACACGCAGGUCUCCGCUGGACAGAGCCACACGGUGCUGCUCAGGAGCGACGGCACCGCCGUGGCCUGCGGCAGCAAUCAUAGUGGUCGGUGCGACCUCCCGGCGCUGCCCGCGGGCCUGACCUACACGCAGGUCGCCGCUGGACAGAGACACACGGUGCUGCUCAGGAGCGACGGCACCGCCGUGGCCUGCGGCUGGAAUCUUCAUGGUGAGUGCGGCCUCCCGGCGCUGCCCGCGGGCCUGACCUACACGCAGGUCGCCGCUGGCCGGAUCUACACGGUGCUGCUCAUGGUCGGUGCGACCUCCCGGCGCUGCCCGCGGGCCUGA